AUGAAAAUAAAAAAAUGUCCUACGUGUGGCCAGCAAAUAGUUAAAAAGCAAGACAAUAAUGUAGAGAAUCCACCUUCGUUUGUAUCAGGGGAUGCUCGCGACGUUGUAAAGUUUUAUCGGCAUAACAGAACCGGAUUUUUGCGGAAAGUUGCUCAAACGGUUGCCAGUACUUCAUCUCUUUUUGAAAAAAAUGUUUCCACCAAACCACUCAAGUCUAAACGCAGAAGAUCUUAUUGUCAGGUUAAAUUACCACCAUUGGAGCAAUCAGUUAUUAGAUUGAAACAUCUGCGUUCGUUAAAUUUUAUAAACAAUCAAAUUCCGUACGUUGUAACUUCUUCAACUUGUUCUGACAAACAUGCGUUACGUACUCAUUUUACAAGCGAUUCUCUUACCUUUGAGUUUUUUAAUACAAUAUCGCCCAUUUCGGUUGGUAAUUGUUCUGCAAAAUUUGACGUUUUUCUUUGUGGAGUCAAUUCUGAUCAAAGAAGUUUGCAUUUUUGGGAGCACCUCCUCACAUUCGUUAGUCUUGUAAAUGAUAAGAAGCGGCAAAAUAAAGUAUUGGAAAUUUGGGUUCCUGAACUUGGAGAUUGUUGUGAUCAACUUCUUUUGGUUGUGGAUGGCUGCGCUCUUACUUGUUUUCCAAUUGGAGUAAAACGAAGGAAGAGAAGAAUGCUAGAUCCAAAAAGUCAAAGAAGCAAUAAUACAUUACAUCAAUUCACUCAAUUGGAUAUUCAGCCAAAUGGUAACGAUUGUUUAUUUAAAGUGGAUCAAACAAAAAUUAACUUUAUCGCGGCUAAACGACAGCGAUUGGAGGAAGAUGAUUUCAACUUGGUGAAUAAUUCCGGUACUAUCAACGUGACCAAUUAUGAGAACAAUGAGAAUAUGGAUCUUUCAAUUAAUUCUGAUUCUGGAAAACAUCAACAAAGGAGAAUUAGAAUGUUGCGAAGUAGCUAUUCUGGAGCAAAGUUUGUUAAUUCUCCCAAAGAACAUCAAGAUGAAACAAAAACUUCCUCAUAUCUUCCAACUCUUAUUAAUUCUAAAAUUAGACUUCGUGGAACUAGACUAAUUGGGAAAUGGAUAAACAAACAAACAUUGAAUAAAAAUGAAGCUGGCAAUUUGAACCAAUUCAGUAGAGUUUUUACUCCAAUUUUUAGUUCAAAAGGAAUAUAUCUAAAUACCUCAAUUAUAAAUAAAAAUGAAAUGAGUGGACUUGCUGAUUUAAAAAAUUUGAAUUAUCAAAUGAUUGAGGAUAUUAAUAUUGAAUCUUCAAAGAGAGCUUCUAGAGAUUCUUGUUCAAUACUGCAGGUAUUUUUUAAAAUUUACUACGAGAUUUUGUAA